AUGUCGGUGGAGGGGCAGCGAUGUUUGUGCAUCGUGGUGCUUCUAACACACACCGCCAUCGGAUCCGGUGAAGGACCGACCCCGCCACCCCUUACCUCAGCGUCGCCGACCGUCAAAGCAGAACAGAACGAGCUCACCGUCUCUUUCCCACCUCUAGAAGAUCUGUACAACAAUACACCGGAGAAGCAUUUCGGCACUGAGAACAACACCGUUGUGACGUCACAAACGGGUUCAACAGCAUUACUGCCGUGUGUCAUAAGGAAUAUUGGAGAUGGAAUUGUAUCUUGGAUCAGGAGGAAGGAUUAUCAUUUGCUGACUGUUGGUCUCACCACGUACAGCUCAGACCAGAGGUUUCAAGCGAUACAUUUACAGCAUUCCGAGGAUUGGACUCUCAAAGUGAAAUUCGUCCAGAAAAGAGACGCGGGCACCUACGAAUGUCAGGUGUCGUCACAUCCGCCCACGAGUAUAUUUCUACGCUUAGAUGUCAUAGAAGCCAGAGCCGAGAUCUCAGGACCCACAGAGAAGUAUUUGAAACCGGGGUCUACUCUGCGCCUGCAGUGCUCUGUGGUCCAAACCACUGAGGCACCAGCUUUUGUGUUUUGGUACCACAACAGCAGAAUGAUCAACUAUGAUUACGAGUUUGGUAUCAACGUGACCACUGACCCCGCUCAGAGGCUCUCUGACCUCCUUAUCCCGGCGGCGAGCGUCACCCACGCUGGUAAUUACACCUGCGUUCCUAACAACGCCGUGCCGGCUAGCAUUUACGUCCAUAUUUUUAACGGUGAAAAUCCAGCGGCAAUGCAAUCAUCAUCUCCAACUUUUAUUCCGCACCUUAAUUUCCACUUAUUAUUACCACUCACCACACUCCAUUUCGUCUCGCGGUGACAAUCAUUGUUACACUUACCCUAGUUAAAUGUUUGUAAACUAAACUGUACUCUAUAAUGUAAACAUAGAGUCCAUUUUCGC